CUCAACUUAUGCGACAUCUUAUGGAAGCGUCCCUGUCCAAGGUCCUGAAAUCUGCUUUCCCAAGCAUGCGUCAUGUGACUUCACCCAGCUCUGCCUAGCUCAGCACCCAGCCUACUGGUUUCUGGAGAUUUCAUGUGAGAAAAGGACUAACCCCGAGCCCCUUUCCCUCUCAUCUUGCGUUGUUCAUAGGCUGUUUAUUCGGGCCCCUUUUUCCUUCCUUUUCUUACUCUUUCUUUUUUUGUUGUUUUUUUUUUUCAAACCCGGUCGGAUAAUGUGGACCUUCAAAGCGCCAGGAGUAUGACAAAAGAUUUUAGGAUGCUGGACUUGUGCAGCUCGUUUUCUUCCUCUCUUUUUACUUAAAUGCCAACACGGUGAAUGCGUCAGAGUGGGGACAGAGUGGACAAGCCUGCUGCCAGCGGUCCGCACUCAGAAAGUCAACAUCUUGUCUUUCUUGAUUUUAUUCUCCUCUGGAGCGACUUCAGAAGGAUGUAACGACCGAUCCACCUUGUGCAGCUGAAGUCUCCUCAUCAAAAUGCAGAAGGGAAUACGACUUAAUGAUGGUCAUGUCACCUACCUGGGGCUUUUGGCGAAAAAGGAUGGUACAAGACGAGGGUGCUUGAGCAAAAAGAGCUCUGACAACACGAAAUGGCACACAAAGUGGUUUGCUUUGUUACAGAAUAUGCUCUUUUAUUUUGAGAACGAGUCCAGCUCUCGACCCUCGGGAUUAUACCUGUUGGAGGGAUGCAUAUGCGACAGGGCGCCUUCGCCGAAACCUUCACAGUCAGCCAAGGAGUGUUUGGAAAAGCAGUACUAUUUCACUGUCAGCUUCACGCAUGAAAAUCAAAAGGCGCUCGAGUUACGGACAGAAGAUGUAAAGGACUGCGAUGAAUGGGUGGCUGCAAUAUCACAUGCCAGUUACCGAAACUUGGCCAACGAGCAUGAGACUCUCAUGCAGAAGUAUCUUCAUCUGCUUCAGAUUGUGGAGACGGAGAAAACGGUUGCUAAGCAACUUCGACAACAGAUAGAAGAUGGGGAAAUAGAGAUCGAAAGGCUUAAGUCGGAGAUCGCUGGUCUGCUCAAAGACAACGAGAAGAUUCACGCCAGCCCUGCAGCCGCCCCAACCGACGAUGACUCAGAAAUUAAAAAAAUCAAAAAAGUCCAGAGCUUCCUGCGAGGCUGGAUCUGCAGGAGGAAGUGGAAGACAAUCAUCCAAGAUUACAUCCGCUCACCACAUGCAGAGAGCAUGAGGAAGAGGAACCAGGUGGUGUUCAGCAUGUUGGACUCGGAGGCAGAGUAUGUCCAGCAGCUUCACAUCCUGGUGAACAACUUCCUGAGGCCGCUCCGCAUGGCAGCCAGCUCCAAGAAACCGCCCAUCACCCACGAUGAUGUCAGCAGCAUAUUCCUCAACAGUGAAACUAUCAUGUUUCUGCAUCAGAUAUUUUAUCAGGGUCUUAAAGCCAGAAUAGCGAGCUGGCCGACAUUAGUGCUGGCCGACCUUUUCGACAUCCUGCUGCCCAUGCUGAAUAUCUACCAAGAGUUUGUGAGGAACCACCAGUACAGCCUUCAGAUCUUGGCUCACUGCAAGCAGAACCGAGACUUUGACAAGCUGCUGAAACAGUAUGAAGCCAAGCCAGACUGUGAGGAGAGGACUCUGGAGACCUUCCUCACCUACCCCAUGUUCCAGAUUCCCCGCUACAUUCUUACACUUCACGAACUCCUGGCCCACACACCCCAUGAACAUAUAGAGAGAAACAGUCUGGACUACGCCAAAUCUAAACUGGAGGAGCUUUCCAGAAUCAUGCAUGACGAAGUGAGCGAGACCGAAAACAUCAGGAAGAACCUGGCAAUCGAGCGCAUGAUCGUGGAGGGCUGCGAGAUUCUCCUCGACACUAGCCAGACAUUUGUAAGACAAGGGUCACUCAUCCAGGUGCCAAUGAGUGAGAAGGGCAAGAUCACUCGUGGGCGACUGGGCUCUCUGUCCCUGAAGAAGGAGGGGGAGAGGCAAUGCUUUCUCUUCUCCAAGCAUUUAAUCAUCUGCACCAGGGGUUCUGGGGGAAAGCUUCAUCUCACCAAGAAUGGAGUAGUCUCACUUAUAGACUGCACUCUUAUGGAGGAUCCUGAGGGGACAGAUGAUGAGUCCAAAUCAGACAAGAGCGGCCAGGACAUGGAGCACCUGGACUUCAAGAUUGUUGUGGAGCCAAAGGACAGCCAAUCAUUCACAGUCAUCCUGGUGGCCUCCUCGAGGCAGGAGAAGUCUGCAUGGACCAGUGACAUCAGCCAGUGCAUCGACAACAUCCGCUGCAACGGCCUGAUGAUGAACGCUUUUGAGGACAACUCCAAAGUCACAGUACCACAGAUGAUAAAGUCAGAUUCAAGUCUGUACUGCGAUGACGUGGACAUCCGCUUCAGCAAGAUGAUGAACUCCUGCAAGGUGCUGCAGAUCCGCUACGCCAGCGUUGAGCGCUUGCUGGAGAGACUGACUGACCUCCGUUUCCUCUCUAUCGAUUUCCUCAACACCUUCCUGCACUCCUACCGCGUGUUCACCACCGCCGAUGUGGUGCUAGACAAACUCAUCACCAUCUACAAGAAGCCCAUCAGUGCCAUCCCUGCUCGGUCCCUGGAGUUAUUCUUUGCCAGCAGUCAAAACAGUAAACUCUUGUAUGGAGAGCCUCCCAGCUCCCCCAGGGCCAGCAGAAAGUUCUCCUCACCUCCUCCUCUCGCUAUCACCAAGAAUUCAUCCCCAAACCGCCGGCGCAAGCUCUCGCUGAACAUCCCCAUCAUCACUGGGGGCAAAGCUCUUGACCUGGCUGCCCUCAGCUGCUCCUCAAAUGGCUAUGCAAGCAUGUACUCCUCCAUGUCCCCAUUCAGCAAGACCACCUUGGACAUCAACAAACUGUAUGUGUCCAGCCCUAUCGCAAGCAAAAUCCCUGAUGAGGGAGAGGACAAGAAGGACAAGAUGGAAGAUACCCCAGCGUCCAAACAAGAUCUCUCUGUACGAGAAGAAAGUGACAAUGAUCCAAACCAGAGCGACGAGGGGGACGCAGAAGCUUCUCCCACCAAGUCGCCAACAACCCCAAAAAAUGUUAAAUGCAAAAACUCCUCAGAGUUCUCCUUGUUUUCCUACAACAAUGGCAUGGUGAUGUCCUCGUGUAGAGAGCUGGACAACAACCGCAGUGCCCUGUCUGCUGCCUCCGCUUUUGCUAUUGCUACAGCUGGAGCCAACGAGGGCACACCUACCAAGGAAAAAUAUCGUCGGAUGUCCCUCGCCAGUACUGGCUUCCCAACAGAUCAGAGAAAUGGAGACAAAGAGUUUGUGAUCAGACGAGCAGCGACCAACAGAGUCCUGAAUGUCCUGAGGCACUGGGUGUCCAAACAUUCUCCGGACUUUGACACUAACAAUGAGCUUAAGACAAAAGUUAUUGCCUUCCUGGAGGAAGUGAUGCAUGACCCGGAGCUGCUCACCCAGGAGAGGAAAGCAGCAGCCAACAUCAUUAGGACUUUAACUCAGGAAGAUCAUGGUGACAAUCAGAUCACCCUUGAAGAUUUAACACAACUGGUGGAUGGAGGGAAGGCUGAUCCCUUUGAGAGCCACUCUGCGUUGGAGAUUGCAGAACAGCUCACUCUGCUGGACCACUUGGUGUUUAAGGUCAUCCCUUAUGAGGAAUUCUUUGGACAAGGCUGGAUGAAGAAUGACAAAAAUGAGAAGACACCAUAUAUCAUGAGAACAACCAAACACUUCAAUGAUAUAAGCAACCUUAUUGCCACAGAGAUCCUGCGAUGUGAGGACAUGGUCACUCGAGUAACUGUCAUAGAGAAAUGGGUGGCUGUGGCUGACAUUUGUCGAUGUCUCCACAACUACAACGCCGUGCUUGAGAUCACCUCCUCCCUCAACCGCAGCUCCGUCUUCCGCCUCAAGAAGACCUGGCUUAAAGUUUCCAAACAGACAAAAGCACUGAUUGACAAGCUGCAGAAGCUGGUCUCAUCGGAGGGGAGGUUCAAAAACCUGAGAGAGGCUUUGAAGAACUGUGAUCCUCCCUGUGUGCCCUACUUGGGGAUGUACCUCACUGACCUGGCUUUCAUUGAGGAGGGAACACCGAACUACACCGAAGACAACUUGGUCAACUUCUCGAAGAUGAGAAUGAUUUCUCACAUCAUUAGAGAAAUCAGGCAGUUUCAGCAAACGGCAUACAAGAUUGACCUGCAACCAAAGGUAGCCCAGUAUCUACUGGAUAAGAGCUUUGUUCUGGAUGAAGAAAGCAUGUAUGAGGCCUCACUCAGAAUUGAGCCCAAAGUGCCCAACUGAUGGGGAAGUUGGUCCUCCACAUUAUUUUCUCUGUUAAUAUUACACAUCAGUUAACAUACACAUCAUCUUUUGUAUAGUUGUACAUGUUUAAGAUACUUGCUCUUCUGUACAGUAGAUGUUCAAUGACACAAAACCUUUCAGUGUAUUUUUUAGUUUGUUUGUUGCUGUUGCCAUGAUGCCACCUGCUUUAAGGAUUUGUUCUUAUUUCUUUGAGGUAUUUCAUGCAUAAUAACAGAGGUCACUUUGGUUGUACACAGCUGUGCCUUCUUAGUGACCAAUGACAUUAUUUUGCAUCAUCUCAUACUGUGUCGCCUUUGCACUUUCUGAGCACUCGUGCUGCCAGCUGUUGUUCUCUUUGCUUGAGUUUUAUCAACAACUGAGUUUCUCUGCAACUAAUGUAGCAUUGUAAAAAAAAAAAUGUAACUGCGUCAAAUCAGGUAAAAGAGCAAAGAGAAUAUCACUGUAUUUAAAGCUGAGGAACAAUGAUCAGUGGAGAAGACAACAAGGUAUCUGAAGCAUUACCGUCUCUGUGCUUCCCAAACCAAAAUGAGAGGGAUUUGUUUCUUCAUUUAUGCUCACUACUCUAACGUCAGGGGUUCCCAACCGUUUUGUAUCAUUUUUAUAUAGGCAAUGUCAUUGUGGACCAGCCCAGUUGGACUAAAAGAAGAAGAAAACUAGAUGGGAAACAAACCUACCAA